AUGUCUGACGUCGCUGAGACCAAGCCUGACCCCACCACCGCCGCUCCUGAGGACAAGAAGCCCGAGGAGACCACCACCGGCGAGGGUGAGAAGUCUGUCACCGAUGCUGCUACCGAGACCGCCAAGGAAGCUGUCGACACUGCCAAGGAUGCCACUGUGAAGACUUCUGAUAGCGUGUUUUCCAUGUUCGGUGGCGGCCCCAAGAAGGAGAAGAAGGAGGAGGCUGACGAUGCCGACGAGCCCUCCGGCUCUUCCAAGGCCAAGAAGGCCGAUGACGAUGAGGAGGAGGCUCCCGAGUCCCCUGACGUCCACUUCGAACCCGUGAUCCGCCUGACCGAGAAGGUUGAGAUCAAGACCAACGAGGAGCUCGAGGAGCAGGCCUUCAAGAUGCGCGCCAAGCUCUUCAAGUUCGACCGCGAAUCCAAGGAGUGGAAGGAGCGUGGAACCGGUGACGUCCGUCUGCUGAAGCACAAGGAGAACCAGAAGACCCGUCUUGUCAUGCGCCGUGACAAGACCUUGAAGGUCUGCGCCAACCACUACAUUGUCCCCGACAUGAAGCUGAGCGCCAACGUCGGCAGUGACCGCAGCUGGGUCUGGAACGCCGCCGCCGAUGUCUCCGAGGGUGAGCCCGAGGCCCAGACUCUGGCCAUCCGUUUCGCCAACAGCGAGAACGCCAACGCCUUCAAGGAGGCCUUCGAGAAGGCUCAGCAGGAGAACGAGAAGCUCUUCGCCGCUCAGGAGUAA